AUGGCUGUGUCUAUACAAGACCGCACGGACGAGUUCCGCUCGAUCCUUGCGCAAGCACAACGGAAACAGGCGCAAUCGAAAACGGGAGCGCAGCGACAGUCUCUCUUGACGGCUCAGCAGAAAGCCGAAGCGAAUGGCACAUCGGCACAGCGCAAGCAUUCCGAGUUCCAGCGUAGUGCUCGCGAUGUUGCGCGCGGCAUCUCAGGCACCAUGGCCAAGUUAGAGCGCCUUGCUCAACUGGCACGACGCAAGACACUUUUCGACGAUCGGCCCGUCGAGAUCGAUGAAUUGACAUUCGUCAUCAAGCAAGAUAUGGCACAGCUGUCACGACAUAUACAGGAUCUCCAGGCCCUUACAAGCAAACAACAUCCGAAAGCGAAACCCGGCGCCGACCAAGAAGGCGAGCAUAACCAUCAGGUGGUUGUCAUGCUGAAAGACAAACUUCAAAAUGUGGGUGGCAGCUUCAAGGAUGUCCUCGAAGUACGGACGAAGAACAUGCAGGCGUCGCGAUCACGGACCGAACAAUUCCUUUCAACCGCGGCAUCGCACUCACAGACGGGCCUGGAUCCUAGCAGAACAGAUUCGCCACUUUACCAAACACCACAACGAGGACGAUCACCAGGCGGCUUCCGGAAUACGAACGCCGCGCAACAGGAUCUUUUGUCUCUUGAUCCGUCGGGGUCGUCGGCGCUGACACGCAGUGGCCCUCAAUCAGACGCCCAGCUCAUGCUUAUGGAGGAAGCGCAAGCGCCCAACCAGUACAUCCAGCAGCGUGGACACGCGAUAGAAUCUAUAGAAAGCACCAUAUCAGAGCUUGGAAGUAUAUUCGGCCAGCUAGCCCAGAUGGUGUCAGAACAAGGAGAGCAGAUCCAACGCAUAGAUGCAAACACUGAAGAUGUCGUCGACAACGUGGAGGGCGCACAGCGCGAGUUGAUGAAGUACUGGAACCGCGUACAGGGCAACAGAUGGCUUGUGGCCAAGAUGUUUGGCGUGCUGAUGAUAUUCUUCCUGUUGUGGGUUCUUAUUGCUGGUUAG